GCAGACACUAGAUUCUCGCGAACAAGUGACAGCAAGUGCUACGAUGGGAUGUAUUUUAUUGCAAAGACAAAUUUGGGAUUGAAAUUUUAAUUUUCAGAAAUCAGUUUAGUAAAAGAUUCAAAAAAUGGGUUGAUAAUGAAAAUGAAGGAUGAGGCGGGGCACGAUCUUGCUUGCGUUCCCACCACAGUCAAGCUGCAAUCUGGUUAAACGCGGGUAGAUGCACGUGGUAUCCGAAUCUGCACACACUUUGGAUACACGAAAAAGCGAGCCAGAAGAGGAAAGCAGCCGCAUCAAAACCACGACGUCAAUGCAGACGCCCGUGUCUUGUCAAGGAGUCGCCACGGUGGUUUAUUUUAGCUAGUAUUGACAAACGCGAAGGGGAAGUCGUGUGAAGGAGCCGGUGGUUCAAGCCAACGCUGACGAAGUUCACACUAACGAGGAAAACUCAUCGGCACCGUUGUCGUAUUCAAGGAGUCCUUGCGACCGCACAAGAAAUUCUGGGCAUUUUUGUUGCCUCCGCUGCGGGCUUUGCAUAUCCUUGAGCCAGUCUUUCAGGGCUUGCUACAAUGGGGAAUAAGGUCCUGACGGCAUACAAGGUUGAAAAGCAGCCAUGCUGCCAAGGUCUGGACUUGCGAUGGACGUGCUACCCAGCAGCACACAAUGACAGGCCGACGGACCCUUUGACAGUUUUUCUCUUCGAGAAAAAAGUCUUAGACCGCAAUCGCAGCAAAGAUGCAGUACGUUUUUCACUUCAUACUACUUAAGCAGUCUUUUUCUUCAGUAUCAAUCAAUUUUCAUUUUGAUUUACUUCACAACCACAACACCGAACACACUAUUUACGAAUACGAAAAUUGUGUUUAACUUUCUCGUGGUUGCUGCUGAAGUGUGAUGAAGGUGAGCUCAUGUUUCUUCUCCUGUCACUCUCGCUUCCUCAUCUACAGAUAUUAGAAACACUGCGGCGGGAUGCGCAGAUGCUUCAAAGGCUGCGGCACCCGAAUAUUUUACAUGUGAUGGAGCCGCUUGUUGAAGAGAAGGCAACGCUGGCGUUUGCAACAAUUAAGAGUUGACCAUUGAAUUCCAUGCGCAACUCCAGAUAAAAUCCUGUUUGACUCUAUGUUUUCAUGAUGCUACCAGCAUCCCCAUCACGUACAUCAGUGUAAUGUGAUGUCAAGUGAAUGAAUAUUUUGAUUUUGGUAUAUUACACGUCAAUAUCAAACUAACAAAUUCAAAUAUAAGAUAAGAAAGAGAAGACGAGUUAUGCGACCUCUAAAGCGGAGCCAAUCAAGGUGACCCUCGCGCAGCUUUUGGACCGGGUACUAUUUCAAUUUUCCAUUUCUGCCAAAGGUGUAAAUGGUAAUGGUGUUGCCUUGCUCAGCUUCAAAAUCAUAGUCAUAGUCUGAAGUACCUAGAGAACCUAGAAGUUAGAAUCAUACAUCAAUAUCGCAGUUCCUUUCAUAAUUUAACGCCCAUUCUCCAAAUCUUUUUUUUAGGCACCUUCGGAGCUGAGUUCGUUGGAAAUGAAGUGUGGUCUGCUCGAUAUCGCAGAGGCUGUGCGGUUUCUCCAUCAAGACGCGAAAACGGCACAUCUGGGACUUUCCCCAUCCAGCAUCUUCGUCACUGAGCAAGGUAAGACCAAGUGAAUUCUAUCAGAGACACUGCCAGUUCCAGACCUCCUCAGCAUUCUUGGUUACACCUACUCGUUUUUAGAAGUACUAGUAGUAAUCUACACUUAUUCCUAGUCUCUAUCCAGUACGAGACUCGCGUACUUUUCCACAUUUAUUGGUAGCUCUAAACAAGGCCGGUGGCUUCUCGGUGGAUUUGGCCACGCGCAGCAAGGCGUCGUGAAAGGCACUGCGCAGAACAGCCAAUUCAAUUAUGAAACAAAUUUGUUUUCGCUCCUGAGUUAGUUUCAAGACAAAGGGGAUGUUGUAAGUAAGUACCUAGUUCAAGUUACCAUUUCUGGAUGAAGGUAGUGAAUCUUCAACCAACUGAGAAAUUUCGAAGCCAUGCAACUGCAUGCAAUUGUACACCAUGAUAAAUUUGCACAAAUAAUAUGAUUCAUAGGAAAGACCAAACUGUACAACCAAUCGUAGGCUCUUUUGUUAAACAGAAAAAUACCAAAUGACGUAAUGAUUCGUAUGUCUACUUACCAAGAACGACUUCUAAUAGCAUUUUUACGCGGAAGACCUAUCACAAAUGGGCGCUGACCCUUCACUGAAAUACUGUGCUCCAGAGCUCACAAGUUCAAACAAGUUCGGGAUGGAAAGUGACGUUUUUUCGUUGGGACUCAUCGCUUAUGAGCUCAUGUCUAGCGACCGGAGGUCAUUGCUGGCAGCGGUAAGAACUACAAUCAAUGCAUUGCUUUUAUGUUCUUUGAGACAGUAUGUGAAGCAGUAGUCGAAAACUCACAUGUCAAGGAGGACAUGCCUGCUAGAUAUGAAGGUUUUGUACUUUUAUUUUCUGAAGAAGAACGAAAAUUCACAAAAAAUCACCGCAGCUUGGCCGGUAUGACAGGAGCGGACAUCAAGCGAAGCUUUCUGCGUUGUUGCCACUGCGAGACUGCUCCAUGCUUCCCCCUUACGAACCACGAUGAAGUUGUAUUCACUGCUAUUGCUAAAAUGUGAUCGAAGUUUGCUUUCUGCUGGACACAUCUUCACCGAGAGACUCACUUACUAAUGGGAGUAGAUGACUUAGUUUAUAUUUAAAUUUAUGGAAAACCACCUCCUUUGAUGUUAGCAUCCAUCACUUUUCCUUCUGACCCUUUCUAAUUUUGCGAAUUGGUGUCGGUACUUUGUGGCAUGCUUGCACCAUCACCGGAGCACCGCGUCGACGUUACAUUAAGGCUGUGACUUAUCAAGAAUAAUAGCGGAUGUUCAACAAAGUUAGUAUCCCAAUAGAAAUAUGUUUUUGUUUCAGGAACGCAUGCAUCGAAAAUGAAGUAAGUAUCUCCUAGAACGACUCUAAUCCUCGUUUUCCUGCAAAGCGAAUUCUUCCAGGAUAUUCACAUCAAAGCUCUGCGCUUCCUCGAGACGCUUUCGGAAAAAGACGACGCACAAAAAGCCCAAUUCUUGAAGGGCUUCCGCAACUUGCUUGAGUUAUGUUGGGGCUGCCUGACUAGUUCUCCUGUGAACUGUACUACAGUUACAGUUUUUGAAGCAAAUAUCCAAUAAUUGAUAAGACAAGAAAGCAAAAAACACUGCGUCAGUGAAAAGCUAUCUCUAAUUCCUCAGCCAGAAUCAGCGUUGACGAGCGCUCGCAUUCUGAAAGAGCGCGUGCUACCACAACUUACGCGAGCGCUGAAUUAUCCACCUCUUUACGGCCACGUUCUUCACUGCGUACUGGUGUGCCUCAGAAAGCCAAAUCUUUUGACGCCGGAGGAAUUCAUGGUUCUCUUACAUUUUUCUUUUCGAUGUAGAAGGUUCUAGAAGUGGAAGUUCGUUCUAUGUAAAUAUGGUGGUUGUUUGUGUGACGUCUCUUGUAUAAUCCAUUACAAAAAUAACAUGAAGAUCUACUUCCGAAAAUCCUGUGGAGCAGUAGUGUUUUGCUGUAGAAAUUCAGCACCUGUGCGCGUGACUAAAGGUAAAUGACUUCGUAAGGUAUAAGUUCCUCCAUCCAGCAAUAUCUUCCCACCAUUUCAGGCACGAUGUUGGAACGGCAUGCGGACCCUGUUCUCCGCAAAGGAAAUACCAAUAGAGGCGGUCACUGAUUUGGUUAAGAAUCUAGACCUCUUAAUGGGCCUGGUGGAUUCCACGCAAGCCCAGCAGGUGAUCAUCUUGAACUUGAUACCCUAAUAUGUUCUACUUAUUCAUUGCUUAACUAAGUCUUCGAACAUACUUACAUUUUUUGUUCUUCCUACAAGGUUUUCGGAACUUGUGAUUGAGUUGAAGAUCCAUCUUGCUGUAGUUUCGUCUCAGGAUUUUCAAUAUUAAGAUAGACUCUCAUGAUCUUCUCCUUGUACAGGUUUUGUUGCCUUUCUUGCUGCGCUGCCUUGAAAUUCCGGAGCCCACAAUUCAGAACACCGCGCUUGAAAAUUAUGAGUUGUCUGGAUGUGGGUACAUCAUACAAAGUUUCAGAUUUCUAUAAGCCUCAGAUUGUUUUAAACCUGUUUUUCUAGAAUCAAUACCAUACUGAAGAUGUUGUGGUGGCCAAGGAGGCGAACCAAAUGCUUGCUUCAACGAAUUCCUGUGCUGCUUCUAAGAUAAAAUUCCGCAAAUUCACGGAAAAUUCGAGUACAGGCAGAUCAAGGACCAGAUUCUGCCACGCAUGCUGGCAGUUUUGCUGCGUGCCGAGAGCACAUUGAAAGCGCGGGUCCAGAUUUUGAUGGGCAUCAACGCUAUGUUUUCAGUCUUUGACCGAGGCACGAUUUUAGAAACAAUAUUGACCGCCUGCGAGCGCGUACAAAAAAUGGAGCGAGCACCGGCGCUUUGCAUGGUGCUGCUGUCCCUGUACGAUGCCAUGAGCAAGUUCUUGGGGCCCCGUGAAACAGCGACUAAAUUUAAGGCCACACAUGAUUUCCAUUUCUAUCAUGAUCGAUCCUAAUAAAAUUGAUUUGAAUACCCGAUAACUUCUGGCACAUCGAUUUCGAUUCUAUACUUACAUCAUCACAAUAUGUCUACGACAAUGUUGUUGAUCCUGCGGUUUCUCUUUCUUUCUGCUCCUUCUCGAUUAUCAGGACCUUGCAAAUUUGAGGUCAUUUCGUGCUUCCUCGAAUAUGAUGUUGCCAUUAGUAUGUCCGCUGCUCGCGGAGGAGAGCCUCUCAGCAGAACAGUGGCGGACGCAGAUGGAAGUCUGCAAAAAACUGUUGAAUCGUGUGGAGACUGCAAGGGCUAAGUUGAGGCAUGAAUCAGAAAGGAAUGCAGAAGAUGAUUUGUAAUAAGGAAAUAGUACUUGGUGAAAGGCUUAUUUCUACUACUCGAAUCGAGAUAUGCUUACCUUGCUUUGCAUUGUUGUUUGAUAGGAUAUCGACCAUGCUUAAGUUGCUCCUACUCUUUUUCUUGCUUUGUUUGAUACAUUUUAGAUUGCUUUAACGAGAGAAUACGCCACGAGAACCGACGCGAGUGCGGACGUUUCAGCAGCUCUUGGUGGCGCAGCACCAAAACCAAAGAUGCCUGACGAAGACGAUAACUUUCUCGCGCAAUUAGGUGGUGGUGGUGCAACAAGUUCCACCACAGCAAGCACCAGCUCGAAGAUUCCGACACCGCAAGACGUACUCUCUGACUUCGAUUCCCUCCUCAGUGCGCCCGCAGCAGGAGCAGCUGCCAACAUUAUGCCCAUGGCUCUUUACCUAACAUUUCAUUCACAAGUAGAUCUUUCUCAAUUGUUAAAAACAUGUGUGUUGGUGUUCCAACAAGAACGGUGGCUGUUGCACUUGCUUUCCUGCGACGAGCCUAGUUUCCUUCAACUUUCUUUUGUUGGACUUACCCGCCGAAUGGGUAAACUACUACUACAACUACUUCUGUUCCCAUGUGACAGCUACUAUGCACGAAGUGUUGUAGCGAGUCGCUGUGACAGAAAGAAGUGCUGUGGGCACACUCUAAUGAAAAUCCGCGCGCACCAGCAGCAGGCGCGUUCGAUGACCUAAUCGGCGGAGGGGGGACGACGUCACUGCCUCCACCAGCUGGCGCUUUCUCCCCAGCACGAAGGACAGCGAACACGACGCCAACAGGCGGUGACAUCUUGAGUACAUUUGGCACAACGGGAGGAGCAACGAGUUCGGGGAGUAGCGGUUUUUUAAGACAAGUUUUCGGUCUAAAAGCAAUAUCCAUAUCGUUUUUGCCGUACCCUCAGGCAUACUAACUGCUCGUGCCUGCAAACAUAAUAUGCUUGAGCUCCUCUUUUUCGCUUGCCGAUAAAUGAUAAUUGAACCACAUAUCUCUAUCUAACAUUUCCUGCUCCGUCAGCGCCAGCCACUAGUAGUUUCCCUUCGCUCAUGGCUCCUCCAGGGAGCAACGCUGGUAAGUCCGACGAUCUGCUUGCCAUGAUGGGACCCACACCGCAGACGCAACAGCCAAAACAACUCAGUGCGCUAGAGCAACUCACUAGUGCUGGUGGCGGCAGCUCAAAUAAUCUUUUUGGAGGUGGGAGCAGUGCUGUCUCUUCGGGCUUCCAGACGGCGAAUUUCGACACGUCAAAAACAGGCGUUGCGCAACACCGCGUGGGAAUGGCAAACAUAUCCGGAGAUCCCUUUGCAGAUUUGAAUAGUACCUCGACCACGGGGGCAGGUGGAAUGUCAGGCAUGGCCGGUAUGGGUGGAGGCGGAAACAUGAUGGGAGGCGCAUCCGGGAACGGAAUGAUGGGAGGAGCAUCCGGGAACGGAAUGAUGGGCAUGGGUAUGGUAGGCAUGGCGGGCGCAGGAAAUAAUGUGGGCGGCGUGGGUGGUUUCCCAGCCAAUGGGGGUAACGGUGGGAUGGCUGGAAUGAACAAUAACAUCAUGGGUGGAAUGAUGAACAACAAUAUGGGGAUGAACAAUAUGGGAAUGAUGGGAGGACCCGGUGGUGGAAUCAACCAAAUGGCAGGCGGAAGACCAAAUCUCGACCCAUUCGCAGGUCUGUAGUAACGCGUGUUGUUUAUGCUCAGGGUUGAUUGCUGGUGUUUGAUAAGGAACACUAAGCUCAUAAAGGAUGAAGAUACCUUGAAUAUAACUGCUUGACGCGCAAUCAAGAAGGCACUAAUUUGUAAUUGUUUCUUUUCUUCGCGCAAGAUUCGAUCGAUUUACUUAUCUACUAGGUACUUCUAAAUAGAAGUAGAAGGACAUCUGUGAUUACUGAUCAUCAUCGAGAAGUUCAGUAAAAAGAAUAUCAGUACUUUGGUCUUCCUCGGUCCACCUCAUCAUCAUCAUCGAGAAGCUCAGAACUCCCAUUCGAAUCUAGAUUUUGUCACUUUGUUGAAUACCUGACUCUGAUUCUGUUCGCAAUGCAUGUAGCACGGACAAGUCUGCUGUAGAUCAGCCUUCACUUGGAAACAAAAACCUUCCUGAUUCCAGCUAAUAUCCGUAGCGUAGUAUGAAAAAACGGUACUGCUCGUGAGACCUCGUAAAUGGGUACGUGACCAAUCAAAUCAAUCAAU